AUGAAAACGUCAGUCGAAGACCUCAUCAAUCAAAUUCAUGCCGACAGCAAUGUUGAUCUCCAACCGUUGUUCUUUCGCUUGACCUUCGACACGACAACGUUCCUGCUCUUUGGGAAAACAUUGAGCUCUUUGCAAAGCAGCGACAUUGCUGGACAAGAGUCUAAGUUUGCAGCAGCCUUUAAUCUGGGCCAGGAUUACUUGUCUCAUCGUGGCAGGCUGGGAGAGUUGUACUGGCUUGCGAGUACUCCCGAAUUCUGGCAAGCUUGCAAGACCUCUCAUCGCUUCGUUGACGACGCGAUUCAGAGAGCACUGGACAAUGCGGAGAGCACGAAACCCGAGAAAGCAGAAGCCGAGGACAAGAAGCAUUAUGUGUUUAUCGACGCGCUCAUCCAAGAAACUCGGAACAAGAAGGAACUUCGCGAUCAGUGUCUCAACGUUUUACUGGCGGGCAGAGACACAACUGCAUGCUGCCUCACCUGGACCUUGCGCUUGCUAGUCCGUCACCCUAGAGUUUUGGAAAGGCUACGUUCGGAAAUAGAGACAGUCGUAGGCCUCGGACAGCAUGCGCCUCAACCAAGUCGGGUGGAUUUGAAGAAGAUGAGAUAUCUUGAUCUCAUUUUGAAGGAGGUACUUCGCCUCUACCCAUCCGUGCCAAUCAACUCUCGUGCAGCACUCAAAACAACGACGCUUCCUGUCGGAGGAGGUCCGGAUGGUACAUCGCCGAUAUUGGUUCGAAAAGGCGAGGCUGUCGGUUAUUGUGUAUACGCUAUGCAUCGACGAACAGACAUUUACGGAGAAGAUGCGCUCGAGUUCCGCCCCGAGAGAUGGGAAGAUGGGGCCCUGCUGCAAGACGUAGGCUACGGGUAUCUUCCCUUCAAUGGUGGACCACGAGUUUGCCUGGGUCAAGGAUUUGCCCUACUGGAGGCGGGAUAUACCGUAGCGAGGUUGGUGCAAAUGUUCCCUUCCAUGACUGUCCCGAAGGAUGACCCUGUUGUCCCUACCGGUCGGGAAAAGCAGACCUUGACGUUGGUAGUUGCUUCGGGAGAUGGAUGCCGUGUACACAUGCGCUCGUAG